CACCGUAGCAACGGCGCGAGCGCCGCCACGCAUGCGCAGCGCUCACCGCGGGCGUCAACGUCGCGCAUGCGCACAGCGGCGGGAAGGUGGCGGGUGCAGCCAUGGCGGCUCCGCUGAGGGGGUUCCGCCUCCGCCGCCCCGGCAGCGCGCAGAAGUUCGGGGCAGCGGCCGGGAGCCUGCGUGGGCUGCUACGGAAGGGCUGCCGGCUGCUGCAGGCAGCCGGCUGUGCCUCUACGAGGACGGGACGGAGCUGAGCGAAGCUUUCUUCCGCACGCUGCCGCCGCAGACGGAGCUGGUGCUGCUGAGGCCCGGGGAGAGCUGGCACGGCUGCUGCGGGGACGUGGAGCGGUUCCUGGCCGCCCUGUGCAGCCGGACGGACGCGGUGGUGGAGGCCGCGCGGCGGCUGCUGGAGGACGAGCGGGCGCCCCGAAGGCAGAGGCUGCUGGCAGAUCUCAUCCACAACCUGAGCGGGGACAGCGAGGCCGAGCGCCGGGACGAGGACGGGAAGUGGUUCGAGGGUCUAGAAUCUCGUUUUAAGAACAAAUCAAGCUAUAUGCGGUACAGCUGUGAAAGCAGAAUACGAAGCUACAUGAAAGAGGUUAGUAAUUUUAUUUCAAAUGUUCAUCCUACAGCAAGAGAUGCAUAUAAAAGGAUACUUGACCUGAUGUCGGAUAAACUGAAAUCUGUGAAAUAUAAUGGCAGCUACUUUGACAGGACGGAGGAGGCGGCAGCAGUGCGCCUGUGCACGAAGGAGGGAUGGUUCUCUUGUCAGGGCCCUUUUGACAGAGACGACUGCCCGUGUAAGCAUUCAAUCAACCCCUACAGUAACAGGGAAAGCAGAAUCCUCUUCAGCACCUGGAAUCUUGAUCACAUAAUAGAAAAGAAACGUAGCGUUGUCCCAGAACUGGCAGAAGCUGUCAAAACACGAGAUGGAAGAGAAGUGAACUGGGAGUACUUCUAUCAGCUAUUGUUUACAGUGAAUAAUCUAAAACUUGUACAUAUUGCUUGCCAUAAGAAAACCAAUCACAAUCUCAGCUGUGACAAAACUAAAAUUUACAAAAAAAGGAAGCAAACCCAUGAGAUUUCAUAGUGCUCUCUCCGGAAGCAACUUCUGCUUUUCACAAAAUCAUGUAGGAUGAUAUAAUUUCUAAAUAGCUCUAGUUUCCUUAAACAAAAAUUUACUUAGCACGUCUCUUCUGCCAAGGACUUCUUCCUUUAUCACCUCCAGUGCAUUAAUUGAACUGCAAUCUCAUAAAGCAUGCUUUCAGAUUGUGCCUAAUUCCCCCACCUUAGAUGACACUGUGUGAAGUGUGAUAAUCUGACUCAUAGCUGCAGUGUGCAAAAAUGAGGCCAGAGGCUGCCACUGAUGAUACCUUGUGAUUUCUUGCUUGCUGUGAUAAAUGUAGGCGCAAAAUGCACGGUACAGAAACUAAACUUACACAGAACAUUUCUUAAAAAUGAUCCUGAGUAGAUUAAUACUCACGAAUGAAUGUUAAGCCAAACAAAGAAUACGUUAGGGUAAUUAUUCUGCUCUGUGCCUUUACCAGGAGGACAGCCACUGUAUCCCAGACAGCCCAAAUGAUUCAGUGGCAGAGCUGCUGGCUCUUCUGUGCCAAAAUAUCUGCACUCAUCCGUGACCAUUCAAUUUACUGUUGCAUAGAUGCAGAUGUUCUAGAAGGAGUUAGCAGGGCUGUGGUGCAUAUUUGCUUCUACCACCCUUGUGCUUUGUCAUCUUUCCCACUGAUUUCCUUCACCUUUCAAACAGUCUUUGCCUCUCUAGAUUGAGCUUUCUUGCAGCGAUAUAUCCAGGCUUAUUGUACAAUAAUCAUGCUUGUCUGCUGCCCCAGAGAAUACUGCUUCUGUAAAACACUCUCUACCUCUCAGGUAACAAAAUACAAACAGAUCAUUUUUUACAUUUUUUUUUAAAUAUCAGCUGAUAGCAACUGAACUCUCAGGGAUGAGCAUUUUUUAAAUUAAAGAAUAAAAGUAAAAUCACUGCCAUCUUUCUGUGUGUGUAUGUGGAGGUAGAGGUGCAUGAGCAGUCAGUAAUAAAGUAUAAUGCAGCACGACCACUGCAGACUAGGAAGACUUAGCACAGGAAAAGGUGCUUAUUAAUUAAGUAGUGGAUAUUUACUAGAUGUUAACAUCAUUAACCUUUAGGGAAGUUCUGGGUGUUUACUUUGGUUGUUUGUUGAUUUUUUUUAUUUUUUAUUUUUUUGCAAUUUCUUCCUAUCACUGGUUCUCUUUCUUAUCAGAUAAAUUCAUCUAGUUCAGACAGGAUUAUUAUUAAGAUAGUAUUGCUGCAUGAGUCCUGACUUGCCAGGACUUGGAAAUGCAGGAGCUUUGCUACAGACAGUGCUAAUCAAAGCAACAAAUUCAAUCCCCUUCCCAAACAUUUCAACAUGAGAAAUAAGCAGAUGCAUUUUUAGUGAAGGAGUUCCAGCACCAGUGAAUCAAACCUUCCUGAUCAUCUCACUGAACAUAUCAACAGGAACAAAGGUAAAAAUGCACGAUCUGGUGUGCUGGUAUUGGGGAAGGAACCACAGUGAAGAUUCUGACAGCAAGCACUGUGCUGUCAGUGUGGUACAUCUCCUACAAACACCAUUUUGUGCUGAGUGUGUGUGUGUGUGAAGAUAACUGCCUAGGAAAAAAUAGGCAGCUAAUAUGUCAUUUAAGGAAAGCUGGGAGAACUGCUUUGCGAUGGAGUUGUGAUGAAAACCAUGAAUGCACUAAAAUGUUAAGAUUUUUUUCAGUGUUACAGACUUGAGGGGAAAAAGGAGCCAAGAACUAGCACUGACAGAAACAAUACAUCAACUGGAGUGGGAAUGUGAAUAAAUUAACAUGUCAUGCA